CUGCGAGCAGAAUAGUAGUGGGGGAGUGCGAACCGAGGGUAGUGAGGUAGGAGAGAGGAUGGUAAAUUAAAAACGCGAUCAUCGAUGAAUUAAGUGUGUGUGAGAUGGAGCAGCAGAACCAUUUCAAGCAGCUGUUGCUGCAGCUCAACCAGCAGCGAGCCAAAGGGUACCUGUGUGAUGUCAUCAUCGUGGUGGAGAAUGCGCUGUUCCGCGCCCAUAAGAACGUCCUGGCGGCCAGCAGCGUCUACUUCAAGUCGCUGGUCCCCCACGAUAACCUGAUCAACCUGGACACGGAGAUGGUCAGCCCCUCCGUCUUCAGACAGGUAUUGGACUUCAUCUAUACAGGUCGUCUGUCCAGUUCUGACUCCGUUAGUGAACACAGUGUCUCGUCCCUCCUGACCGCCGCCUCCUACCUCCAGCUGACCGAACUAGCUGCUCUCUGUCGCAGGAAGCUCAAACACAACGGACAGACCCCCUCCAGCUCCGACAAGUUGACCACCUCCACCUCCCCAACCCCCAAUGGACACACCCCUGGCCCCCUCCGCCUCUCCUCCACCCCCCUCAGAGCAACCCCCAACCACCAGCACCAUAACAACCACUCAGGGUCCAGGAAGGGCAACCUGAGGAACCAGAGAUGGGGCCAGGAGGGGAGGCUGAGAGAGGAUCUCUCUGAGGAGGAGGUGUUUAUUUCGGGCUCGCGGUGUGCUUCCCUCAGCCCCUCUGGAGGAAUUAGGGUUAAUGGGCUGGCUCUAGGACUGGACCUGUCCAAGAGGAGUCCAUCAGGAAGCACCGCCACAGAGGAAGUGUCCCCCAGCAGUCUCCCCCAAAGCUCCUCCCCCCACUCCUCAUCUGUUUCUCCCACUCCUCCCACCACGGCAGAGCCUAGGGAGAACCAGAGGCAGCCUCCAAAUACCUCCACAGACCUCUUGCCUAGGGCCCCUUGCAAGAGACCUCGACCCCACAGAGAGGCCACCAACCUGGGCGAGACGGGCAAGGCACUGUCCAAGGGCCUAGUGAAGAAACCAGGGGCACCAGGGCACGAGAAGCUGGUCAGAGGGGAUAGAGUGACCCCAGAGCUGGAGGAUGGAGAGGUGAAUGGAGAGGAGAAUGGCCAGGACCAGAGUGAAGAGAGUGGGCACAGUGGGAGUGAGGGAGGAGGAGGGAAGAGAAAUGGGAACACCAACUAUAUCUACCGUCAGCCCCAGCCAGGGUUUGAGCCAGGUGUAGGGGACAAUCUGUACGUCUGCAUCCCCUGUGGGAAAGGCUUCCCCAGCUCCGAGCAGCUUAACGCCCACGUCGACACACACACCCAGGAUGAAAUCUACCUCGAAGAAGAGGAGGAGGAAGAAGAGGAGGGUGGUGGAUAUCAGAAGGACGAAGACCCGGACGCAGACCCGAACGUCUAUGCAUCACGGGGGUUGGAGCCUGGCGCUGAUGAACCUCGGCAUCGCUGCACCGUCUGCAGUAAGAGUUGCAAGGACGCGGUGUCGCUACGGGAACACGAGAAGAGCCAUUGGCUGAACCGGCCGUUCCCCUGUAACAUCUGUGGCAAGUUGUUCACCCAGCGAGGCACCAUGACCCGCCACAUGAGGAGCCACCUGGGCCUCAAGCCCUUCGCCUGCGAGGAGUGCGGCAUGCGCUUCACACGCCAGUACCGCCUCGCCGAGCACAUGCGGGUCCACUCGGGGGAGAAGCCCUACGAGUGCCAGCUGUGUGGCGGAAAGUUCACCCAGCAACGCAACCUCCUCAGCCAUCUAAAGAUGCACACCUCGCCCCCAUAGAGGACACUUCACCAUGGUUACUGCAGCUGGACCACAGCUAUCUGGACUCUAUUAGGCUGUCUGCCUCAUCUUCAAAUAACUAUCUGGUGUUACUGUUACCCAUAGUACCUCCUCACCCUUGUAAACACACCUGGGUUCUACCUCAACUUUAGAAACUCACCUUGAAAUGAAUGACCCCACCUUUAUAACCACUCCUCCUGAGUAACUCUGCUCCUUUAUCUCAACCUCAUAACAACCAUCACCCAUACCUCAACCUCAUAACAACCAUCACCCAUACCUCAACCUCAUAACAACCAUCACCCAUACCUCAACCUCAUAACAACCAUCACCCAUACCUCAACCUCAUAACAACCAUCACCCAUACCUCAACCUCAUAACAACCAUCACCCAUACCUCAUAACAACCAUCACCCAUACCUCAUAACAACCAUCACCCAUACCUCAUAACAACCAUCACCCAUACCUCAUAACAACCAUCACCCAUACCUCAUAACAACCAUCACCCAUACCUCAUAACAACCAUCACCCAUACCUCAUAACAACCAUCACCCAUACCUCAUAACAACCAUCACCCAUACCUCAUAACAACCAUCACCCAUACCUCAUAACAACCAUCACCCAUACCUCAUAACAACCAUCACCCAUACCUCAACCUUCUUAACAACCAUCACCCAUACCUCAACCUUCUUAACAACUGUUCCUCUGACUUGCCUCAACCCCAUCUUACUAAUACCAGCCAUUACUUCACCCUCGGAACCCCAUCUUACUAAUACCAACCAUUACGUCACCCUCGGAACCCCAUCUUACUAAUACCAGCCAUUACGUCACCCUCGGAACCCCAUCUUACUAAUACCAGCCAUUACUUCACCCUCGGAACCCCAUCUUACUAAUACCAACCAUUACUUCACCCUCGGAACCCCAUCUUACUAAUACCAACCAUUACGUCACCCUCGGAACCCCAUCUUACUAAUACCAGCCAUUACUUCACCCUCGGAACCCCAUCUUACUAAUACCAGCCAUUACGUCACCCUCGGAACCCCAUCUUACUAAUACCAGCCAUUACUUCACCCUCGGAAACCCAUCUUACUAAUACUAGCCAUUACUUCACCCUCAGAACCCCAUCAUAAAAUCCACAUAGAGCCAGCCAGCCAGUCAGAUGUACUGGCCAUCUCAGGGUCAACACACCACACCUCGCCAUCUGCCAAAGACUCCUUCCUUCCUAUCCCAGGUGGCUCAAACGUGUUUUGAUGAUAGCUUUUAGCAUCCAACCAAACUAGUCCUCCCAGGGUGUCAGUUCUGUGCCUCCAGGCUGCUGUAGCUGUCUCUCGCUGGUCAAUGUGUGACCUCAAUGCCUCUACUACCUCAUUAUAAGACACAUACUGGACCCCAGGCAUGACUAGCUAACAGUCAGUAGUAAUACUACGUUCUCCAGCUAGAUGGAACAGGUUAGUCAGCCUAUCCUCUGUGUAUAUAAUAAUACAUGUUCAACUCCACAUAUACAGCCUGUUUGAAACUUGCCGUUAUUAGAAAAUGAUCAGGGGUAUUCUUAAUGCAAUGAUGUUUACUUUACUGUUGGUUUAUAGGUCAGAGUUUGUAUUUUAUGUGAAGUCUUGAAAAAGCCAAACUUGGGGGGUUAAAUGUUUUGAGAACUUAUUGCUACGCUUUUGUGAAUGUUUAAACUGGGUAUUUGUACUUUGGGCCUGGGAGGGGUGGGGAUAUUUUCUUUGAGGCAUCAUACUCUGAUGGUACUGUUGUGUUUUGUCGGUAGCGUUUUUUUCUUUAAAGUGUUGGUCUACUGAGACAGGUGGCCAGUAUCCCUGUAUUAAGUUUGCUUUUUGUUUUCAACAAGUUCCUCCUAUCUCUUAAAGAGAUUCUCCGGUACUUUUGUAUACUUUUUAGCAAGUCGUUCUGAAAGUCAUGCUCACGAGCCAAAAGUGGUCCGUGAAAAAUGCUUACUACGUCACUGUAUGUGCAGAUAUGUUCACCACGCCAUUGCUCUCUUGCUCUGCUGUGUGUGCAUCUUGCUAGCUGUCACUCAAAUGGCGAGGGGCUGAAGCUCAUUGGCUAGAACUCGAAUUGCAAGCGGGCUGGCCCACAUGGGAGAAAAUGUAGAGAAAAUAGCACAGUUUCCAGAAAAACAGUCGCUUUCAAACUAGGGAUUCCGUGGCAAAUUGAGGUAAAAUAGUAAUUCUGCUCAUAGAUUAUGCAUGUAUGAACUACACAUUGACACAUCCAGCCCAAAGCUGGAGGUUUAAAAAAACACUUAGCCAAAGUUCCAGAGCAUGUCUUUAAUGCUGUGAGAAGAGCAUAGCUUUCUGGACAGUGUAUUACUAGUGUAUGACAGAGCUGAAACGGAGACGAGAUUGUAUAUUGAAAUCCAAAGAGAAUGAAUACAAAAACAAACUUAACAACCAAAGUCUUUCAAUGUCAAAGUGAAGUUGAACCCAUGUUAUUAUGUCUACGGUAUAGUCCACUCCUAGUUCCACACAAACAGCCAUGUGGUUGGAAUUAUCAAUGUUGAUUGGACCAACCUCAUUUUAUGGUCUUACAUUAUCUUUACUCUGUCCUCAGGAGGACUACAUACAUGUCAUUUCAGACCAAAAAUCUAAGACUGUUGUAUUACUCUGUUUUGGACUAGUAUUUAAAUCCUCUUUCCCCCAUGUUUAUUGCUCAAUUGUUGAAAAAAAAGUCAUUUUUACACCAGAAACAUGUACAUUACUCCUUAACUCAGGAACCAUUGCUGUCAGGGUCUGGCAUCUAUACAGUCCAUAUCAACACUCUCUCUGGUUGUUUUGGUCGAGGCAUUUAGAAUGUAAUAUGUCGACAACUCAAAUGAAAGAGAGCGGUGAGAAACAUGUUUGAGCUGUGACGGGGAUACUUCUGACUCAUAUCUUCAGGGAGUGUUCGUUGUGUUGUCAAACUGUGCACUGUCAAAUGUCUGUGCUGAAAGCAUAACUCAUAGUUAUAACACUAGCUUCCUACACAAGAGAUUUUUUACAGGGAGAGGGUGGUGAUUAUCUUUCAAAUAACUGCGCGAUGAAUGAUCGAGGUGUUCAAAUAUAAAUAUACGAUUUUAGUUCUUGAAUGUUAUAUCGGCAUGCAUUUGGUCAACAAACCCUUUGUCCAGAUAGAUUGUUCUGUUUAUCUGUUGCUCUCCCUCUGUUUAGUAAGUUGUUGCAGAAACUUACAGUGUUGAUGUCUAUUGAUUAUUCAUGGAUGGAUUUAUUAGUUGGAUCCUGUUUUAAACCUCUUUAUGAUAACUCAGUGGAUGAUAGUCAUGGGCUUUGCUACUUUGUUACUGCUCAUCCAGAAAAAACCAUGUUAAAUAACUGCAUCAUCAACGUCUCUGCUGCUGAACGCGAGCGGAUUGACUAGCAAGGAAACGAGCGGUGUUGCGCUAGCUUCGUUCAUUCAGUGUGUGUCGCAGCGUGGAUUAAAACAGACAUGGCAAAGCAAGCUGUUCGGCUAAUACUUCAGUUUUUUUGUACUUUUAAAGAUUUAGGACUGUUAAUUCAUCAGUUCUCAAUCUGUCCUAGGCUGCUAAUGAUGUGAUUAAUAGCCUCCUAGUCACUUCACCAAUGACGACAAGGCAUAUUGAAUGAAUGGUAGACCUAAACUGAGAAGGAAGGUUGAUUAAUUAAGUCAAGGAUGGAGAUCUGAAACAAGCUCAUAUAGGGGCGGCAGGAAGCCUAGUGGUUUGAGCGUUGGGCCAGUAACCGAAAGGUUGCUGGGUCGAAUCCCCGAGCUGACAAGGUAAAAAUCAGUCGUUCUGCCCCUGAACAAGACAGUUAACCCACUGUUCAUUGUAAAUAAGAAGUUGUUCUUAACCGACUUGCCUAGUUAAAUAAAAUAAAAAUAUAUAGGCCUUGUUCAGGUGUUCCAUGAUUAUUCCAUUUAGAGUAGACUAGGUCUACUACAUUGCAUCUAGUAAUUGAACUAGGCCUAUUCAGAAUUUGUCGCCCCCCCCCCCCAAAAAAAAACUAAGAAGCUAACUUACAUUUUCACUAUACUAUCCAUAUAAAUACAGCUAAUAGAAUAAUCAUUACCCAUAAAUUUAACCUAUUAGAAAUGUUACAAAGUAAUUGAGAACCACUCAAAAUUCAGUCAGGAUCAACUACUGCGUUGGCUACAUUGUAUUGAUAUCAUUUAAUUCAGAAAAUUGCAGUUUUUCAAAAAAGCUAAAUGCUCCAACUUUCAGACCGUAGGCCUACAUUAACACCUUUUUGUCAGAAAAUCCUAGGGAGAAUCCUGAUUUGUAAAUUGAACUUCUUAGCCAAAACCAAGCACCCAUGAGUCUAUAGCCUACCAUUCGUACUGAGGCAGUCUUCUGCCAACGUCAUUAUCAGGCAAAAAAAAGGUACAUUUGUCUCGGACCUGAGCACGGUGUCGCACACGCGCCAUCAUGGGGUCCAGGGGCGUCGCUGUCACGCUGAAGUGUAACUCAUAAAGAUUCUUCAAGGUUGGCAGGUCUGGGCUAAGUUAACCCCAAACAACUUGACGACUACGCUGUGAGAGUGCCAUCGUAUGAUAUCUUUGGUGAAAUGUCCCUUUUAAAACAUGUAUUAGCCAUGAACCACAUCAAGCUCCCAGCCCAAGACACUGGAGACGGGGGGAAUUGAAUGUACUGCUCCUGAGGCGUUUGAUGUGUUUUAUACCACUUUUAUCCCAAAGCAAGAAGAAUACAAAGAUGACAUGUUUUUACUGUGCUGCAUUUUCCUGUGUUUUUUUUUGUUUUUUUUUUGUUGAGAAUGUAAUCUGUGUUUAUUGUCAUGUCAUCUGUUUUAUAUGCUAGUUUAACCAUUGGAAUGGGACCCCCAACUCAUGGUAGACAUUAUGUAUUGUAUCCUACAGAAAGCAUCGUUUUUUCCCAAAGCAACUUCUGUUGAAGGCUGGUAUUAUUACUAUUACAGAGAUACUUCUUGUUUAAUCUCUCUCAGAAAACCAAAGGUGUCUAUGGCAGCUUUAAUAUGUACGUAGUAGUUACACAUGCCACUACAAAUCCAAACCAAGCCACUAAUGAAUCCACCCAAAAGCAAUGUAAUUCCUAAGACUACUGGGCUAAAACCAUGUCCCAGCUGCAUCUAUGUAUUCAUUUACUUAUGUCUGUUUUUGUAGAACAAGUUUCUCUGUUCUACAAAAUAUUUGUUCAAUUAUAUUUUCUGUCUUAAUUGAACAUGCUUGCAGACAACUCCAAAGUUCAGAAUCCACUGGUCAACCUACAGUCUUAAUGUACAGAUAUGUGAAUGUAAUCUAAUAACAAUAUUUUAAUUAAACUUGAUGAGAAAGAA